GGGUGGGGGCGUGUGUAGAAAGUAGAGGAUUUCUUCUUUCUUGGAGAGGUCACUGGGUCACUUGUGUUGUCAUGCUGGUGUCAUCUGUAUCUUAUCGCCAGUGUUGUAAAAACAUCUGGAGCAUAUGGAAAGAUAAGUAAACCAGAGGCAGACAAACAAUCUAUAAAUUUCUAUUCCUUUUACGGUCAUACCAACAUCAUCCUCAGGUAAUUUGUCCGAUCAAGGCUAUUGGAAGCGAUUUGAUCCUCGUAGCUGAUUUUAACAUUAUCAUUUCAUAUCUCCAAUCUUUGAUAUUUUUAGUCUCAUUUUCUGUCAAUUCACCACUUUAAUGUCAUGAUCUGCUCCCUGAAGUGACUCUUACUUUUUGGACUCUUAUUAUUUGAUUAACGUCACUUCCCUUUUGCGUCAGGUGGUUGUUUUACUUCCUUUCUUUGUCAUAGUCUUCCUGCUAUAAAUGUUAUCUGGGGUCCACAUGAGAAUACCGCAGGCAAAUCUCCAGAAGAUUCACGUCGAGCGAGUGGGCGCUCAACCCAGACGGCACCCCCUCGCCUGAAUGUUCCAGAUGACAAUCUCCUGCUGCGUUCUUCAUAUUUGGACAGCAAACUCUGGAAAAUGUCCAGACCCAGUUUUUCUGGAUAUUUCCUUUCUGAAAACAGCUCAAGUCUCUUCAGCUCUGCAGCGUUACCUCUUUAUCUUCACCUCCCAUUUACCUGCCCUUAUUGUGUUCCGAAUUUGGGCCCCGAAAUCUUCCACUGUAACAUUUGUCAACUUAUAUGGACCACAGUUUGAUGUAUUCGCACAGUAUCAUCCAAAACGACAAUAUUUCAUUAACUUGACCAUAAAAUAUAGUUUUUUAAAAGACAAGGACCCGCCAGACGAGCGAUAUGGAACGGUAAUCUGUUCUGUCACUUGUUUGUUUUUAGAUGAAAAACAAUGGCAGUGCCUUCAGUUCCACACAUUAAACUUCUGGUGGAUCACAGGUUAAGAUUUACAAACUAUAUUGAGAUUAAAAGACGUUCCCAGUGAGUAAUUUGUAAUCCCCCCUCCACAUAGGCUACUGUACAUCAGUUUGACCAUUCUUACUCCCUCCCCCGCAAUGAACAGCUUGACGAUGUGCCUCUAUACAAACGGUGACUCUUUGCCUCUCGUCCUUUUUCCCUGCAGUCGAAUUAAGAAGAAGCAAAAGCAGGAAGUUCAAGUGACGGAUAAACAUCCUGACAAAUGAUCGGUUUAAGGAGAAAGCUGCACAGCAAAAAAAACCCAACAACCUGCUGGACGCCUCCAUCCCCUGCUCAGCUGCCCCACCGUGGUGUUGGUGCUGUGUCUCAGAUAUAACCGUCGCCCCCUCCAAUCUCAUCCCCUCCCCUCCCCUCCCCUCCCUCUCUCUCUUUCCUUAAUCUCCCAGAUUGUCGGCGACUUGCUGCAGUCGAUGCUGCAGUUCUGAGCCGCUCCUGCACCGGGACAGCUGACUCAAUGAGAAAGACAUGCUCGCGUUCGUGCUGGUCUCUGGGUCGCUCUGGAUUGUUUUAGAGCUGAGUUCCACCCUGAUGGAGAAGAUGCAGGCCCAGGAGUUGAUGAGCGGCCUGAGGAUACCGGAGAUGGAUGACAUCGGCCAGUUCUUCCGCUCCCUGCCAACCUCCACGCUGGUGGGCAUCGGCGCCCUGACCGCCGUGCUGGCGUACUGGCUGGCCACCAGACCCCGCCCCAUCAAGCCACCCUGCAGCCUGCUGCACCAGUCUGAGGAAGUGCCUCAUGAAGAUGGAGGUCGCAGGUCCAUGAUGGGCGACAGGUCCAAGCUGCUGACUCACUACCAUGACGACGCCAAGACCAUGUACGAGGUCUUCCAGAGAGGCCUCCACAUAUCUGGUGAUGGACCCUGCUUAGGCUCGCGACUUCCUAACCAGCCUUACAAAUGGAUAUCCUACAAAGAGGUGACUGCCCGGGCUGAGCAUCUGGGUUCCGGCCUGCUGCACCAAGGCUGCCAGCCCAACCCCGACCAGUUCAUUGGAGUGUUUGCCCAGAACAGGCCAGAGUGGAUCAUCUCAGAGCUAGCUUGCUACACCUACUCCAUGGUAGUGGUUCCCCUUUAUGAUACUCUGGGUCCAGAUGCCAUACGGUUCAUCAUUAAUACUGCUGACAUCUCCACGGUCAUCUGCGACAAAGUAGAGAAAGCUCAGGUGCUAAUGGACAACGUGGAGCGGAAGGAGACCCCGGGCCUGCGAAGAAUCGUCCUGAUGGACGCCUUCGACUCUGCACUCGUGGAGCGCGGCAAGGACUGCAGCGUCCAUGUGCAGGCCAUACAGGAAGUCGAGGCUCUGGGCAGAGACCACUACAGAAAACCUAUACCACCAGCACCAGACGACCUGUCCAUCGUGUGUUUCACCAGUGGUACCACAGGAAACCCAAAAGGAGUCAUGCUCACCCAUGGGAACGUGGUGGCUGAUUUCUCAGGCUUCCUCAAAGUCACAGAUAAAGUCAUUUUCCCCAACCAAGACGAUUGCCUCAUCUCGUUCCUGCCACUGGCUCACAUGUUUGAGAGACUCAUUGAGUCUGUGGUAUACUGCCAUGGAGGACGGAUCGGGUUCUAUCAGGGCGACAUCCGUCUCCUCCCAGACGACAUGAAGGCCCUGCGGCCAACCAUUUUCCCUGUGGUGCCUCGACUGCUCAACCGCAUGUACGACAAGAUCUUCAGCCAGGCUAACAGCCCAUUGAAGCGCUGGCUGCUCAAUUUCGCUGCUAAGAGAAAAGGUGCUGAAGUCAGCAGCGGGAUCAUUCGCAGUGACAGCAUCUGGGACAAAAUCUUCUUUAGUAAGAUUCAGGCCAGCCUGGGUGGGAGAUUGAGGAUGAUUAUAACUGGAGCAGCUCCUACCUCGCCCAGUGUCUUGGGAUUCCUCAGAGCAGCUCUGGGAUGCCAGGUGUACGAGGCAUACGGCCAGACAGAGUGCACAGCUGGCUGCACCUUCACCACGCCUGGAGACUGGACCCCAGGUCACGUCGGAGCUCCGCUGCCAUGUAACCUCAUUAAACUGGUGGAUGUUCCUGAGAAGAACUACUUUGCCUCGAAGGGAGAGGGAGAGGUUUGUGUGAAGGGACCAAAUGUGUUCAAAGGCUACCUCAAAGACCCAGAGAGGACGUCCGAGACGCUGGACACUGACGGCUGGCUCCACACCGGAGACAUCGGAGUAUGGUUACCUAAUGGCACACUGAAGAUCGUCGACAGGAAGAAGCAUAUCUUCAAGUUGGCGCAGGGCGAGUACAUCUCCCCUGAGAAGAUCGAGAACAUUUACAUUAGGAGCGAACCUGUGGCACAGCUGUAUGUGCAUGGAGACAGUCUGCAGUCCUGUUUGGUGGGAAUUGUGGUUCCUGACCAUGAGGUCAUGCCUACAUGGGCCAAGAAGAAAGGCAUACUAGGUACCUACAAGGACCUCUGUAAAAACACGGAACUAAAGAAGGCAAUCCUUGAAGAUUUGGUGCGUCUGGGCAAGGCCAGCGGCCUCCACUCCUUUGAGCAGGUGAAGAACAUCUACAUCCACAACGAGAUGUUCUCCAUUGAGAACGGCCUCCUGACUCCGACGCUAAAGGCCAAGAGACCAGAGCUGAGGGAGUUCUUCAAGGGGAAGAUCGAGCAGCUCUAUAGCAGAAUCUCCAUGUGAAGGCCGACGGGCCACAUUUCCCCUCUGAGCAUCUUAACACUAAGAUCUGCUUUGACCAGCUGACCUGCAGUGGUCGAAGAUGCUUAACGUGCGGUCGGAGAGCAUUGCCAAGUCUGGCUCUAUACCCGGGGAGAUUUAAAAUGCCUGGAUAACAAAAAAAAAUCAAACAAAGUGAAAGUCUUUGCACGUUCUCAUGUGCAUUUCCUUUUUUAAUGUGUGCAUUUGCUGCGUCAUCAUUAAAUGAAAUGACUUAUUUCAUUGAAAAUAGUUAUUUAGCUUUUAGUCUUUUAUAACCGAGAGAGUUGUUUUUCAUUGUGACAGGAAUAUUCCAAGCCACAUUGGAAACAAACUGAGAGCACUGAAUGGAUGGGAGUCAGUUGUCACUGUAACUUUUAUCCUAACAACACAAAAAAGGUGCUAAGUUUAGGAAAAUUAUCACACUGAUGAGAUCUACAGAAAGUGACCCUUCGUACCUGGGAGUUAUUUAUUCUUUUGGCAAAAACCUCUCAGACCUCCUGCUUUUGUCAGCAGUUGUAAAGUCAUGUACUGUAAAAUGUAAAAUCCUGAAAGUCUCCUGCCAGCAAUAAUAAGCUCAGUGUCCCAUGCUCUAGCUGGGACACAUCAAGCUUCAUCAAAUGAGAUUUCAUUGAAAAGAUUUCUUUGUAAUUCAUGUCACAAUGAAGAACAACACAAAGAGCUAAGUAAUUGUUAACUUGAUUUGAAUUUGUUUUUAUUCAGUUAUGACAACGUGAAUGCAUAAUACACAUAAAGCUGUGUAUUGUUUUUGA